GUCACAAUUAGAGCUGUUCGCCGUUUUAGUGACUAAUUGAGUCCUUCCCUCAUGUUGCCGUUUCCUUAUCAUUUAUUUACUCGUUCGUUCACCCCUCACAUGCAAAUCAGGACAGCUUCAUCAAAGCCAUCAUAAAUUUAAUAAAUCACACCAGGUAUAGAUAUCUGCGAUGGGAACGGCCAAGGAAAUUACAAUUUCUUACGUGGCAGGGAUUCCCCACCCCUCCGUUUAAAUAAAAACCCUGAGAUGGAGGCAGAAGCGAAUAGUUGAUUUUUACCAAGUACCUACAAAGACCUUUUCUUUUCAGAAAAAUGAAAUACGUUCAUCUCUGUUUAACCAGCUGUGCGCCGCUGCUGCUGCUGCGUCUGCAGCUGCUCGCCUUCAACUGCGGCUCUUCUACUGCGCUGCCGCUGCCGCUGCAGCUGGGCAAAGAAAAAAACGCACAAUGCGCGCAACUCUUCAAGAGCCUCCUUCUGAAUGUCACAGAGCUUCUCAAAAGCGAAGAUUUGUGCUAUGGCCUGAUGAAAUCCACUGAAGUGACACUGAGGAGCGCUGAAACGGUGCAGGCCUGUGUACCUUCUGACGCUCAGAACUCUGGUUGCGUGAUGCUGAUAAAUUCAUCCUUCAAUGAGAGUAAGUGUCUGAUGAGCAUCAUGAAGGAUUUGGCCUAUUAUGAUGCUGCUAUUGAGACCUACCUGGAGUCCCCACUAUAUAGGCCAGAGAAGGAGGUUCCACUCCUGAGCCCAACUCUGAGCAUCAUUCAAAACUUGAGAAAGAACUGUUCUACUAUUGUGGAAGAAGGACAAGACUCCUCUAAGGAAGCAGCCAAUUUAUGGAAAAAUGACUCAUACGUAAACCGGCAGAAGAUGUGUAAGAUGAUGAGAGGCUUCCAUGUUCGUGCCAUCACUAUCAAUCGAGCCAUGGGCUACAUCUCCUCUGGGGAGCACAGGAAGUAAAACAAAAAAAACCUGAAGAUUCAACAACAUCACCAUCAAUUCUGACAAUAUCACAGUCUCGCCCCCUCCAUAAAAUUUACCACAACAAAGCUGUAUUUUACUACCAUCACACUGAAUGUGUGGUGUUUUCCUCCAAGCAAAGCUGCUCAGGCAUAAGCUAGCUGUAUGGACCCCAUUCUUAGGUCCACCAAUCUGUUUAAAAGGUUAGUAAAGGUCAUGUCAGUCUUAUGACAGUAAGUUUUAUGAAUAUGUUUCAGUAUUUUCAAUAUUUAUUUAUUUAUUUAUUUAAUAUGUAUUUAUUGAAGAAUUGUUUGAUGACAUGUAAUGUGUUUUAUUUAUUUACAGUAAAUUAUUUGUUUCUACAAAUGUUACAAAAGUUACAGUGUUGUUGUAAUAAAAUGUCACCUGAACUACAAAAAUAAA